CCUGACCCUGCCCUGAACUCGACCAAGACAUCAACAAACACACAACUUCCACACCCCCUCAUGCAAUAAUACUUGCUUCUCGCUUUUCUCUCUUCACGUUAGAAAGCAACACCAUGGCUGGUCUCGAACUUCCCCCUUCCUUGAUGCGCCAGGCAUCGCGCACCAACUCUCGCAUCCCUCCAAUUGCUCGUCGCUCCGUCUCUCCUUUUCCCUGUCGCAUGGCCGUCCUCUCCCGCGACAAGUUGCAAAAAGAAACCUCUACGAAAAGCCCGGACCUGCGCCGGUGUCUAGCUCAUCAACGCCUCUUGAAUCGGUCGAUUGAAGCUGCUCAGCACGAUGUGCGCAGCCGGAUGGCAUCAUACCAGUUGGAGGAUGAUGACGAUGAAAUCACACCUUGCAACCCACCCGCCGAGGCGACCGCUGUGCCUAUCAUCCGGGUGCAGAUCACCAAUGCCGUGCGGGCGAUGGUCAAGCGUCGCGCAGCGGACCAGAAAGAGCUGGGAGGCGGGCUGGCCCGCGUGUCAGCUCACUCGGAAAAGCCCAGCAGCACGAAGAAGAGCCUGAGAAAUGUUCCACGGGUGGUGUUUGGACGACGCCGGUGGGCAAUGUAUGGGCCACUACAAGCGGGGGUGGUUAGCUGAUACACCUAUCGGCAACCUCAUCACUUCCUCGCCCAUAUACCUUCUUCCACAAGACAUCCUCCCUAUAAACGACUUGACUGAUUGUGACGUGCUACGAGAUAUGAUGGAUCACUGUAUAUACUGCCUUCUGAUCACCUUACUAUUAUAC